CAGGCCUCAGUCUGCUAUGCGCAUGCGCGUGAGGACGCUUUGCUUCCUGAAGUUCCCAACAGCUGGUAGCAAAAAUACUACGGGGCCGAUGCCGCGACCUUGUGGACUCCGAGAGCCUGUCAGGAACAAUCUGAUAGAUGAUGCCAAGGCUCGCUUGAGAAGGUUUGAUGUCGGGACCAGAUAUUCCCAUUUGUCUCCUAAUAAAUACUCUGUCCUUUUGCCACUGCUGGUCAAAGGAGAAAAGUUGUACUUGCUGUUCACUGUCCGAUCAGACAAGCUGCGAAGGGCACCAGGAGAAGUCUGCUUCCCUGGAGGAAAGAGGGACCCGGUGGACAUGGACGACACAGCCACUGCUCUCCGUGAAGCCCAGGAGGAGGUGGGGCUGCAUCCCAACCAAGUAGAGGUGGUCUCUCACCUGGUGCCAUAUCUGCUUAAUAAUGAUGCACUGGUAACCCCAGUAGUGGGUUUUCUAGACCAUGAUUUCCAGGCCCAGCCUAACGCAGAUGAAGUUAAGGAUGUGUUCCUUGUGCCUUUGGACUAUUUCCUGCAUCCCCAAGUCUACUACCAGAACCACUUUACACACGCUGACUACCAUCUUGUUAUACACUGCUUUGAGUACACAGACCCUGAAACUGGUCUGAAGUACCUAAUCAAGGGAAUGACUUCAAAACUGGCUGUGCUGGCUGCCUUGAUUAUUUUGGAAGAAAGUCCCUCCUUUGAAAUUGAGUUUGAUCUCAAUGACCUGAUACCAUCUUGUGAAAAGACCUUUCUUCGUAAAUAUCCUUCAAGCAAGUUGUGAGGUCAUUAAAACCCAAAAGAACAUCCACGAGGUUUUUGCGUGAGCUUCUGCACAGAAUGACAAUGUCAGCAAGUGGAAUCUGACAGGUGUGAAUAUUUUCCUGCAAUGCAGAGGUAAAGGCCUUGCCUGGUUUCCAGGUGCCUUUUUUUUUUUUUCCAUCUAGAACACUAAAAGUGUUUUAAGACUGGAAAAAUGCUUUGGCAGGGCAGUAUAAUUUUAUCCACGAUGCCAAUAUUUUUAGUUAUUUUAGGGGUACCUGGCACAUAGU